AUGCAGAAGCGGCUAAGGGAGUCUCGGGCCAAGAAGGCAGAGAAGGGUGCUGGGAAAAGCCCCAUAGAUGAUGAUGAGGGUCGGGUUGCUGACGUGCUGGGAAAGAGGAAAGCCUUGGAGGAAGCUCAUCAGCAUGUGAUGGGGUCGGGGCCGAGACUUCCACCUUUUGAUCUGCAGGCGCCGCCGAAACUCCCCUUCGGCAUGGAGGACAUAUUUGCUGAAGGGGUGGAGAAGGUGGACUUCGGCAGGCUACGCCAGCAGAAGAAGGAGGUGAACUUAGCCAUGCACCGGCAAGAGGUGCCCUUGAUUAACGUCUUCCUGGAAGGCGUGAAGAGUGAUCCCGAGGCUCUGGCGAGAACCCCAGCCUCUUCCUUCAUAGACCGGGCCCAAAAGACGAUCCUCACCUCUGCUUAUGCCUUUGGCGAAAUGUAUGUCAGCAUGGCCAAGGCAGAUAAAGAGAUCCAAAGGCUGAAGAGGCGUGAUGAGAUGGCCAAGAGCAAGAUGGCAGAGGCACAUGAGGCUAUCCGAGAGAAGAACGCCCUGUUGUUGCAAAAGGCGGCCCUGGCCAAGGAGGUGGAAGAGCUGAAGAGGUCGAAGGUCGAGGAGGUGGCUGCUGCCCGAGUCGAGGCGAUCGAGUCCUUCCGAACCUCAGAAGAGCUGAAAAGCUACAUCAUGGACCGACUAGUGGAUGAGCAGCUUCGCUGGGAAGAUAGGCUGGUUAGGUUCAACCCCUCGAUUGAGAUUAACUUUGAUACGAGUGGCAAGCCUCCUGCGCAGAGUCCUCCUGCUGAUGCUAGUGUCCCAACACCAGAGGCGGAGCCGGCCACUGAGGAUGCCCCUUCUACCGAGUCUUGA